AACCUCGGUGCUUUGUAACGACGCCUCACGCCGCAGUCGAAGUGGGGAUUCGGCUACAGGUGAAAUUUUCCGUGAGAUUUCGUUAAAGCUCGCCGGUCCUUUUGUCCAGUGGACCAGUACGCGGCCAGGUGUUGAACUGUUGAACGCAGUAUCCCGCCUAGGACGUCGUUGGUACGUUAAUUUACGGUACAAAACCGAAUUUUAGGCCUGUCAGCUUUUUUCUACCUCCAAGUCCUUUCAUUUCUACUCGGAAGGAGCUUUUGACUAUAAUUUUCCAAGCCGGCCGGUGUUCAAUUUUGCCAUAACGUGCAAGUCCCGACUUGUCGGAUAAUCCGAAUAAAGGCGAAAUGUGCGAAUUGACUAUUCCCUCUUCUCCGAGCUGGUACCUGAGCAAUAUCCUAGCAUGCGACGACGAAGGUACGGUGAUCGGCUACGGUGCCAAGCACGAGCUUGUUAUUAUAAAGCAGGACCCGAACUUCGUCAAGCCGUGCGAUUUCCAGCCCAAGUUCAUUCCGAUGGGGCACAAGGACAAAAUCAAUUGCGUCUCAUUUUCUCCGGCGGAUUCCGAGUAUAAAAACCACGUGGUGUCCUGUAGCGACGACGGCAGCGUGCACCUGUGGGACUGGCAGACGCAGACUCUCAUCUCUUCCCAUUCCGGCCACCCGGACGAGCAGAUAGUCGGUGUCGACUGGUCCAGAGCUGAUCCCAACUUGGUCGUUUCCGUAAGUGGUUUAGGCAGUAUCGUCUCCUGGGACCUGCUCAGCAACACAAUUCGCAAGUUCCAAAUCGGGACGAAAAUUUUCCCCAUCUGCAUCGCCUGCUGUCCGCACAAUAAAGAAUUGAUCGGCAUCGGUGCCCGUUCCGGUCUUGUCAUCAUCUACAGCAUUAAAGGUGAUGGAUUUAUGAAUUUCCGUUUGAGAGGACAUGAUAGCGAUGUUGUCUCUCUUGCGUGGUGUCCUGUCUCUCACAACAUUUUCCACAAGGACGAAGACCCUAAGAUUACAGAAAACACUUAUCUGCUGGCGUCCGGUUCGAAAUCUCGUUCCAUUUAUUUCUGGCGAGCAGGAACAGACGGUCGUUAUGAAAGCUUUCUCAACUUGCCUGUCCACCCAAUCGCCAGUACCGGCUAUAGGAGUAAAAACGGUGUUGGUGGCCCUGGGAACAACUGGAUAUGCGUCAGGUGGCCCUCUCCAAUGAAUAUUGUCACUAGCUCUCUCUUCGGUGAACUUUUAAGCUAUGAUUUAAAGGAAUUUUCUAUUGAAAACCCAAAAGAUCCAAAUUCAAAAAAAUCAAAAAGUAAGUUUAUGAGACUAGUCCAUGGAAAUCACACGAAAGGAUUGUUUAGCAUUGCGGUGCCUUCGAAACCAUUAAACGGUUCAGAGAGGACAGUCUGGACUUACGCCCUUGAUAAACACCUAGUUGCUUGUAAACUCGAAACGGGAAAAGUUAUUACUGAUAUAACGACAAUAGGCGGAAUCGUUUAUUGCAUGGCAGUCUCACCUUUUGAUCCAAACAGAAUUGCAAUCGGUACGGGAGACAAUAAAAUACUAGUUUGGAAUAUGAGCAAUGAUUCGUACAAUGAUAUUACAUCACAUUGGAACAAAAUCAACUCGAAAGUCAUGGCGGUAGCAUGGCAUCCGGAGCACGAGUCUUUGCUUGCGUUCGGCACAGGUGAAGGCAGAAUCGGGAUAUUGGACACGACAGAAUCCACGCCUACAUUAUUACUCAGACACCAUCACUACAAAAGUGUAUAUUCAUUAACUUGGGCACCACCUGUAAUACAAUUUGAGGGACCAGGGAAAAGCAACAUGGCUCUGUAUUCCGUCGGCGAUGGAGAUAUUUUGCAAUAUGAUAUAGAAAAUGCUGAAAAAGAACCACACAAUCUGGCCUCAUUUUUCAAAAAGUGUGAUUCGUCUGCUAAAGUUAAAAAAUCUCUUGGAAGGACGGACCUUGCUUGGAAGCAUGACUGGUCUUUAGCAGCAGUCGGAAAUGGCAACGGCGCUUUGUACAUUGUCAAUGGGUCGACUUUCGAACAGCUCCAUACCGUUUUUGCCCAUAAGAAACUCAUCCAAUGCAUAGUAUGGCAUCCGGAUACCGUUACGUCUGAAAAUUCUGUUUCACCAUAUAGCUCAUGGCUUGCUUCUGCGUCAGAUAAUAUUCAGAUAAUGAAUGUUACCAAUGAAGGUGUUGAAACCGUUGCAUGUCUUAACACUCACCACGAGAAGGUCGUAAGCUUGGCUUGGAGUCCACACUUUAACGCAAGGCUCGUCUCCGCCUCGUACGAUUACACAUCACAGGUCUGGGAUGUCAUAUCGGGAAGUGUUUUGGCUUGUUUCGACGGGCACCAUUGUUCUGUCGUAUGCUGUCUUCCAAGCUCAAUACACCAAGACUGCUAUAUUACCGGCUCAGCAGACAACACGAUACGCGUUUGGAAUAUGAACAAAUACAAUUUAAUAAAAUCAAAAUCAAAAAAACAACGCAUAAGUGGUGUCCUGAAAAAGUUAUCAGCAGCCCAAGAAGCAAAAGAUUUGACUGUUACUGAGCCUGGCGAAAAGACUUCAUUAAACCAUUCAGAUGAGCCUACGCAGAAAUCAAGUAUAUAACAUUUUUUUCAACACUUUUUUCUUAAGCUAAUAUAUUUCUUUCUCCCAAUAGACAAAAAAGAAAAUCACCAGAAAUCAGAGAAGGUGAUGGUCGCAGAAACGAUACCGAAAGCGCACAAGAGCAAAUCGAUGUUUCCCGUCACCAGCAGUGGUAUUUCGGGUGCAAAACGUUUGGAUAUUCUCUGGGAUCGGCUGAACGGCAUCGAACCAAAUUGUAAAACUCCUGGAAUCUGUGAGUCUGGUUACCUUGAUUUCUUUGGAACGUCAAAAUGUAUUAGAAGGUUGAUGAUGGUCGAAGAGAACAACCACAGAGAUGUGGGGAAUGAGCAGCAUGCAAGACACCUUUCUCUAUGGUCAGGUAACCUCAACCAGGUGAUAAUAGACGCAUGUCGGAAAAAGCGUCUUGACUCCUGGCUUGUUAGUCUGGCACCAAUGGUUUCGCACAAAUUAUGGGUGGAUUGUUGCAAAACCUAUGCACAACAAUUGGCCGAUUCGGGUGAGACACACAUGGCGGUAAGCUAUCUGUUGGGUGUCCAUCAGAUUGAAGAAGCCAUUGAUUUGUUGCUUGAUGCAAAGCUUCAUCGUGAAGCGAUUGCCAUAGCUAAAUCCAGGUUUCUCCCUGACGAUCCUAUAAUAAGAAAAGUACUCAUGCAUUGGGCGAAUCAUUGCGUUGGAAAUGGGAUGCUCAGCCUUGCCGCACACUGCUUGUUAAACUGCGGAUCUUAUAUUGAAGCUGUUGAACUCCUCGCACGUUCAAAGGAUGGAGCGAUGCUGGCUCUCGCUGCUGAAAUAGCUCAUAAAUCAGAAGCCUUUGAAAUGGCUUUGAGCCUGGCAAUGCGAGCUAUAAAUACAAGCUUGGAAAAUAACGACUACCAAACUGCAUUAUUGACUGUCAUGAAACAUUCCACUCUCAAAGACCUCGUUCUUUGGAUAAAUAUUUGCAAUCUGAUAAAAGAAUGGAAUCAUAUCAAUGUAGAUUACGGGACCUCUUGGAUCUGUGGGAAGGGUUCAAACGGCGAUAAUAUAUUUGAAAAAUCAGUAGAGAUGUGUAAUAAGCUUGUGCCUUCGUACUCCGUCCUAUCAAAGUUUCUUCCAAACAAGCCGACACCAGAUUCAGAAGACAAGAUGUGGUCAUACAUCUGCGGGCAACUUAGCUUGGCAGUCGCAGCAAACAUGCAGCCUUCAAACACAAAAUGUGUCUUGAAACAUAUUAUACAAGCACUAGAUUGUGCUUAUAACUUUUACCUUCAUAAUCCUUCAAACUAUCUCAUAUAUCUUCAGCUUUCUGUCUGGCUGCUUCCUAAUGGUCCGUUUAGCAAUUCUAGCUUGUAUGCCAAUUUUACCCAAAGCCAGAAAGAGUGCGUACAGAUUUAUAUUUCAUGUAGUGUCAUUUACUGGCUGGAUAUUCUUAAUACAAAGAACUCCCUUCCAUAUGAGGAUAAAGAAACAAUGUCUGUCCUGAGUGACACUGUCGUCCGGUGUGCGUUUCUUCUUUUCAGCAAGGACAUCCUCAAGUAUCACAUCAUAGACGUCGAGAUUAAAAAACUCGAAAACAGCAUUGCCGCCGCGAAGCUAAAGGCGCUGAAUGCUGGCAAAGUUCUGAAGCACUGUAAAGACAUAGAGGCUCAGUUGCAGAACGGGUCCAGCGAAGAGGUGUCCGGUGACAACAAAGACAGCAACAAACAAGAAGACGAAGACCAUGCAAAGAGGCUUUCUGUGAUUAAAGGGUUAAAGUCAAAGUUUGAAGAGGAACGGUUUUCAGUACCCAACCCUUUUAUCACUUUUUGCACCUUGAGGAACUCCCUUCAAUCCAUUUCCUCUAAAAAUUGUGAUUUGAUUAAAGAUACUCUAAACACAGUUACAAAACUUUGGAAUUGUAACUCUUCGACUGACGAUCAGUAAUUAUUUUUCAA